AUAAUAACGAAAACGGUAGAAGACGACCAAAACAAAGUGUGUUCGACUCGGAUGAUGUGAUUCAAUUGUGGUCUUUGUCUCCCUAUCACCCCAUGGGUCGUGGAAAGCGUAAACAUGUGAAGCUGCGUGCACCUGUUACCAGCCAGGGACACAAGAACCACUCGGAUCGAGAAAUCAUUGACAAGGUGCACCAGUUGAACCAGAAGAUUGCAGCUGGAGAAGAUGUGCCUAAAUCUGCUCGUCUGGAAAUUGAGAAGGCGGGUGGUAUAAAUGCUUACCAGGUUGCAUCUCAACGCGGAGAGCGAAAAGCCAAGUAUGGCAACUUUACGUCUGCAGUCUGGGUUACCAAGCAGCUGAAAUCCUGUGGACUCAAGCCGAAAGAUGGGCGACUGCGUCUACUUGAUGUUGGAGCUGUGACGUUGCAGUACGAACCAUUCUCCUCGUGGAUCGAGUGCGAAGCUAUUGACCUGAACCCACAGCACCGUGCUAUAAUUAAAGCCGACGCAACGCAAUACAAGAGUUCACCAUUCAAUGUCAUUGUUCUCAGUCUGGUACUGAACUUCACCGGAGAUGCAGUGGAACGUGGAGCAAUAUUGCGUAACUGUAGACGGUUGCAAGUGGACGGCGGCCACCUGUUUGUCGUGCUGCCACUGAAGUGCUUGAUAAAUUCUCGUUUGUUCACAACUGAGCGGCUGGAUAUGAUUAUGUCCAGUCUUGGGUAUAAGUCACUGCUCUGCCACCAGAGCAAGAAACUCUCUUUCCACAUGUUUGAACUUGCAGCUCCAGACAGGAAGGAGACGUUCUCAAGAAAAACUCUGAAGCGGGGCCCAGGAAUGAACAAAUUUGAAAUAAUCUUAGAGACAUCUUGAACAGAUAUUUUGAAGCAAGCAGUAUUGUCUUCGUCGGAUAUUAUUGCUGACUUAGAAGCGUGCUCUAUUCAACUGUAUAAUCGAGACGCACAGUGUGCAGUGUACAAGUACAUGCACUACCACUAGUUCGGCAAACAUCCGGGAAGCUUUCCCUUAGUAAAACUCAUCUUGAUAUUGUCAAGCGGUGUCAUUUCGUAACUGCAGGCAGUUUCAGCUAUCACUUUUUAAGCUUCUAUUCUGAUCUAGGUUUGCUACAUUACAAUCAUAUUAUGCGCA